AUGGCUGUUCCACUGGAUCAACAAUUUAAAAUAGAGAAAAAAGGCAUUAUUGAAGAACGUAUUCCUGUUUUGCAUCUAUCUGGUAUGGACCAACAUUAUUUUGUAACAUAUGUUCCACUACCAAUUGAUAUUGAAGAUGGUGCAGCUAUUGAACAAUGGAUUGAACGAAUGACAUUUAUAUGUGAUGAUUUAACAUGGUUAUUACAACAAAAUCAUACAAAAUUUUGGUGUGAAGUUGCUUUUAAUAAAGAUUUUCAUUCAAUGCUUGAUUCUUAUUUACGAUAUGCAACACGACCACAACGAACGAUUUCAUUAGAUAAUUAUUCGUCUAUUUCAAAUAGUAAAGAAUUAGAAGAGAAAGUUUCUCGUUUAAUGUUCAUGUGUAUUCUUCGACUUUCUACACAUAAAGAAUCAUCUGAAAAUUUCUUUACACCACAAGGAUUUGGUCAUGUUAUCUAUGAUAAUUAUAUAUUCGAUAUUCCUCGUUUAUUUGAUAUAUGUUCAUUAUAUGCAGUUAAUAAUAAAGAAUUAUUAAGUAAAAUGAUUGGAAAUAUUUUCAAACAACAAGAAGGAUACACUAAAGAUCUUAAAGAAGCUAUUAAAUCAAUUAAAGAUGUUAUUACAAAACGAAUAAAAAUAUUUCAUACUCAAACUGGUCCAAAGAAGCUUAAUACAAUAACAAAAACAUCUAGCAUGGAAGAAAUUAUUGACUUACUUAAUUAUAUUCUUGAUUUAAGUUGUACAAUAAAUCGAUUUUUGUUUGUUUAUCCACAAGGACGAAUUAUAUUUUUUGAUGAAGAUUUUCAUUCAACAUUAAUUCAGUUAUUUGAAACAUUUUUACGUAUUUAUGAACGAGCUCAACAAUCAAAUGAAAUAUCCGAUCAUAUAGAAACAUUUGAAGAAGCAAAAUAUGAAACUAUUACACUAUUUAAUGAUCUUCUUGCGUCAUGUUGUAUCGAUCCAUUACUUAUUAAUGAGAAUAAAUCAGAAAAUGUUGAGUCAAUUAUUAAUAUACUGUCAUUAUUAAUCACAGAGAAACGAUUUUUAGCUGCAUACGAGGAUUAUUUUAGUCUUUGUCAAAUUAUUGAUAUUGUUCAUCAAACAACAGAACUUUUAGAUGAUCAACAAAUAAAAUUUUAUACAGAUGUUGUCAAACAAGCUAUUGAAAUUCAUGGAACACCAUCAUGUAAACGAAAAUUAACACCAGAAAAAACAUCUGUAAGUGAUUUUGCAGAAAUCAUUUUCAUUUCUUAG